CUGCAGAGGAGCACACACGCGAGCUUUGUUUUGAGCCACGCCUUCCAAAUUAUAGCACCCGCCUUUCCCCGGUUCACGGAGAGCGAUUUCACUUAUUGGUUCCAAGGGGCCUUCCAAUACAUUCUACACGCUGUGAAUGAGACGAUGAUGGCCCAGAUCCCACUCAGCUUAUCAUGUGACUCUUACCAGCAAAUACUGAAAGCUUUCAACAAGGUCUACGCCAACAUCCCGGCCGAGAGCAGUCAGAGCAUUUUUCAGUUCAGCAAAGCAUUUCUGGGGCGAAAGGUCAAAUCAGGCAUUGCAUGUGGACACCCCACUCAGGGCACUCUGGACUGGCUGACAACCAACCUUGGCAGCUUCAGCAGUUAUGUGGACUAUGAGGACCUGCUGAGCUGGAAUCUCCGUUUUGAUGGGAUGGCUGCGCUCGAGAGUCUGUCUCCACCACAACUGGCGUCUCUCACUCUCCGCUCGGAUGCCAUCAACGAGGAAGAGAAGAUGUGCCAAAUUAUGGCCAGGUUGGAGAACAAACCACUAGAAGCCGUCUACCAGUAUCUGGACCAAUUCAAUGUGGAGGCUCAGAAGCUUGCUAUAACAUCCCUCAAAGAGGAAGUCAUCCGUAAAAAGAUGCUCUCUUUGUUCAUGGAGGCAACUGGAGCUGAGUUCUCAACCUUCCGACCUGGAAACUGGACCCAUUUGCUGUCCGAAAGGUUAGCUCUCUUUCUGCCCAGCGCUGGCGAAAAGGAAUUGGAACAGAUCCUGUCUCGUGUUUCUGGCUGCGACAGCUUCAGAGCUGUGGUGUCCUCUCUGGGCCAUGUUCAUUCUUCCAUCCCAACACCCAACCAAGAAAGCAUCUACAAGUCUUUGUUUGCCUUCCUGGAAAGCCAGCAGAGCACGACAGGGUCAGCCUGUGCUUCUAAAACCAGAGGAAUGGAGGCCUGGUUGCAGGAUAAUUUGGGGGCAUUUGCAGCAAACGCUCCUUAUGAAGACUUCACAAAGCUGAUUACUGAUUUCAGUGGGUUUGAGGUCAGGCACAAUCUCACCUCCACCCAAUUGGCUCAUGUCUUCUUUGAGCCGGGCAUCCUGGAUUCCCCUGAGGCGGUCAGCUCUCUCUUGAUGCCACUGGAGAACAGACCUCCCGCGGACACCAUUGCUUUCGUGACAGAAUUCAUGGCUGUCGCCGCUCAGAGUGGUGUAAACAUGAUGCCCAACCAAGAGGUGAGAAACAUGAUGUUCCAAGCUAUCUUCAGCAAAGUCAAGCAUUUGUUUACCAUCACAAGCGUUUCCCAAUACAAGGACUGGUUCCAAAACAAGCUCAGCUUGUGGCUGCCCAGCAUCAACGCCUCCGCCCUGAACGUUCUCCCCAGGACUAUCCCGUGCGGUGUUUUCAAAAUCAUAAUGACUGGUCUGAACGGAGCCUUUGAGCAGAUGUCUCUGGACAGUCAUCACGAUGUCUAUGCCUUCGCCCAACGCUACCUGGCUUCCAAGACCUCUCAGGGAGGUGAUCCUUGCACGGAGAACACCCGGGGCAGCUUGGGCUGGCUGCGUUCCAACUUUGGAGCCUUCAGUUCCUUAGCCCGUUACAAAGAUCUGACUGACAUCAAUCCAGAUUUCAGUGCGAUGGAUGCCAGAGAGGCUUUCACCCCAGCACAGCUGGCCGACUACACCCUGGCGAGCGACGUUUUGCGGGACAACGAGAAAGCCGGGAAGGUGUCGACUCAUGCGCCGGAACGAUAGCCGGGAGUUCAUGGCGGACGUCAACGCGGGUGCCUUGCAGAAGAAACUGUCUCAGCUGCCCCAGUCGGAGACAAGGAGAUUCAUGUUGGGUGAGAUCUUCUGUCACUUGAGCAGUGCGUUCCCACUCUUCACCGCAAAGGACUAC